UCACACGCGAGUCUCAACUCAACACGGCACGCUCACAAUCCCUUUUCCGCGAAGCAAACAUAACAAACAAACAAAUCCCCCAAUUUCACUUCAACAAUCAAUACCCUCUCUCUCUCUCUCUCUCUCUCUCUCAUAAUCUGAAAUCUCCAUUUUCCCGACCCGAAUAGCGAUGGUUCCGCCGGCCGGUCCAACCCCAGCGAACCCGCAACUGAUUCAGCAGUUCCUGAGCUCAGUCCUCUCGCAGCGCGGCCCCUCGUCCCUCCCUUACUCCGAAGACACCAAAUGGCACAUCCGCAACCACCUCGUCUCUCUCACCACCGCCUACCCCUCCCUCGACCCCAAAACGGCGACGUUCACCCACAACGACGGUCGUUCCGUCAACCUACUCCAGGCCGAGGGCACCGUCCCCAUGUUGUUUCACGGCGUCACCUACAACAUCCCCGUCAUCAUCUGGCUCAUGGAGUCCUACCCCCGCCAGCCGCCUGUCGUCUACGUCAACCCCACGCGCGACAUGAUCAUCAAGCGCCCUCACGAACACGUUAAUCCCUCUGGUUUGGUCUCAAUCCCUUACCUGCACAAUUGGGUCUACCCGAGCUCCAAUCUUGUCGAGCUCGCCAAGAAUCUCAGCGCUGUCUUUGGUCAAGACCCGCCUCUGUUCUCUCAGCGCAGGCCCAAUCCCAAUCCAAACCCAAACCCUAACCCUAAUCUGGGUCAUUCCUCGUCAGCGAUUUCGAAUUCGGGUUAUUCCAGUUAUUCGGGCUAUUCGGGAUCUUCGGGCUCGGUUACUCCUGCCCGCCCCGCGAUCCCCCCGAGGGCGUACCCACCGUCCCCGUAUGGAAGCAGCGGGUCGUUUUCUCGGGUUCAGACCGAGGAUCCGAACGAGGUUUUCAAGCGAAACGCGAUCAGUAAGCUUGUGGAGAUCGUGCACGGUGACGUGGCCGGGUUGAGGAAGACGAGGGAGGCAGAAAUGGAAGGCUUGUUCAAUGCGCAGGCCGAGCUGAGACAGCGGUCUGAGCAUCUUAACAAAGGCUUGAAGGAGAUGGGGGACGAGAAGGAGGGUUUGGAGCAGCAAUUGCAGAUGGUGUUGAUGAAUUCAGAAGUUUUGGAGGGGUGGCUGAGAGAGAAUGAGGGGAAAGCUAGGGGCAGGUUGAAGGGUGUCGAUGUGGACGAUGCAUUUGAAUGCGUGGAUGUGCUUUCAAAGCAAAUGUUGGAUUGUACGGCCUCUGAUUUGGCUAUAGAAGAUGUUGUGUAUUCCUUAGAUAAGGCAUUGCAAGAUGGGGCAAUACCCAUUGAUGAGUACUUGAAGAAUGUGAGGUCUUUGUCGCGCAAGCAGUUCUAUGAUCGCGCUACGGCGGCGAAAGUCAGGGCUACCCAAAUGCAAUCACAGGUUGCAAACAGGGCUGUCGGAAUGCAAUCACAGGUUGCAAACAGGGCUGUCGGAAUGCAAUCACAGGUUGCAAACAGGGCUGUCGGAAUGCAAUCACAGGUUGCAAACAGGGCUGUCGGAAUGCAAUCACAGGUUGCAAACAGGGCUGUCGGAAUGCAAUCACAGGUUGCAAACAGGGCUGUCGGAAUGCAAUCACAGGUUGCAAACAGGGCUGUCGGAAUGCAAUCACAGGUUGCAAACAGGGCUGUCGGAAUGCAAUCACAGGUUGCAAACAGGGCUGUCGGAAUGCAAUCACAGGUUGCAAACAGGGCUGUCGGAAUGCAAUCACAGGUUGCAAACAGGGCUGUCGGAAUGCAAUCACAGGUUGCAAACAGGGCUGUCGGAAUGCAAUCACAGGUUGCAAACAGGGCUGUCGGAAUGCAAUCACAGGUUGCAAACAGGGCUGUCGGAAUGCAAUCACAGGUUGCAAACAGGGCUGUCGGAAUGCAAUCACAGGUUGCAAACAGGGCUGUCGGAAUGCAAUCACAGGUUGCAAACAAGGAUGUCGAAAUGCAAUCACAGGUUGCAAAUAUGGCUUCCAGGCUUUCACAUUAUGUUUCCUCAUAGUACAUUCCUGGUUGUGAGUGUUGGUGGAUCGACUGGCUGCAUAUUCGGGCUCCAUUUCUCCGCCGCACCAGUGAAUCAAUGGAUCAUUAUAGUAGAAAUGAUAUAGUUUCUAGUUAUAUUCCUGUAAAAAAAAAUAUGUCAAUGGUUUCUUUUCUAUUUUUUCUGUAUUGUUUUUUCACAAUUUUUCUUUAGAGACCGUUUCUCUGGGAAAUGUGUUGUUCAAUAAGUAUGAUAUGAAAACUCAUUUUUGCUCCAGAUUUAUAUAAGAAUAUCAGAUAUAGUCAUUACUCCUGGAUUCUUACUUCUUUUAUGAUUUGUUUUUUGGCUUAACCCUUUUCCGAGGUUCAAUUGUGAAAGUUUUUGUAUAGCAUUAGCCUGUGUGUUUACUAUCCCUAGUUUUUGUAUAUGAUUAACUGGUUCUCUGAUGUGAUUCUUUCAGGACAGGGCAACAAGACAAAGGGACAGUUUAUCUCCUUUUCUUUUUGUCAUUAUUAUGUAGGACGUGUUUAGCAUGCUAAUGGACAAGAAAACUUUUCAUAAGUUAAUUUGUCAUUCAAUAUGUGCAAAGUUGAGAAUCUUAUGUCUUUGCUUUACUGAUGACUUUUGCAUAUUCCCAUCAGCUAAUUUGCAUACAGUUCUGCUAAUUAAAACAGUGUGGACUGCUUUGCAUUGCAUCAGUGGUUGUUCCUAAAUGAAAUAAAGGCGAGAGUGAAAUAUCCUUUUCCGGAAAUACAACCACUUGCAACUUUUUCCAGGAAUACCUUAGGGCGCUUUUAAAAUUUUGAAGAUUUGCCUAUAAAGAUUUCAUUCUUCUGUCUGAGAUUUACUUAUUGGAAAACAAAGCAUCUGUCCCGUGUGUGAUGAAUCAUGUCUAUUCUAUUUCCGAUGCAGGUUUGAGGCUUAGGGGGUGCUGAGCUCCUUUCUAGCUUGUAAUUGACUUGGUUUUGAGUUUCUGUUAUGCUUCUUGUGCAGGGAAACCGUGUUGAUUUAUUGUGUAACCCUGGCUGCUUGUGCUACAUUUUGUUUGAAUAAUAUUUCUUAUUGCUCUAAAAAGAUAAUAUUGCUAAUCUUCACUUGUCAAAAAUUUAAACUAAACAUGGUGAUAGAGUUGUUAAGAUUGAAUUUUAUAACAAUGUUACAAGGUUUUUUGUAUUUUUGGUAAUGAUUUACCCCAGGUUUUUGGGCUUACUGUCUGUUUCCCUUUUGUGUAGUACAGAGCUGGCAAUUGAAGCUGCAUGUGCAAGAUCCCUGGUGGUUGAUACUUCAAAUUCUUGCCAAGCCUAAGGUGCCUUGCAUUUUGGAAAGUUGGGUUACAACUUCAUAUGGGAAGGAAGAAGUAUCUGCUGCAUUUUCCUGUUUUUUACGAGUGUUAGGGUUUUCUCAUACAGCAGCUGGGGUAGUUUUGUAAUCAUAAGCAUGUUGGUUGAUAUAUAAUGGUUGUCUCUCAUUCUAAAAGAUAACCCUGAUUUAUUUUCAAUAGCUCAUCCUUUUCUUCUGUCUGUUGGUAACCUGAUGAUAUGUGUCACAUUUUACCAAAAAGAGUGCCAACUGCCAGGGAAGCGCAACCCUUGUACAAGAAAUGUUUGCUGCAUGUUUGCAUUGUUUGUUAAUGACAUCUACAGUGUAGUAGUAUACUUUCAUUUUGGAUCACCAGUGAUGGGUUUCAAAUAUUUUAUAUUUCUUCAUAUGUAGCUGGAGAUUGCGAUGUCGACCCCAGGUGUGUUUGAGGUUGUUUAAACAUUCAAACUUUCCUGUUUCCUGUUAAAAAUGGUCACUAAGAUUGAGAAGUUAUGUUAUUUUUUCCCCUUCCUACACAUGUUCUACGAGAGCUGGUACAUGACCAUCCUACAAGAGUCUUAGGGGUAAUCAUCUUUUUCCUCGAUAUCUUGACAUAUAUUUUGUAUUUUCUUGUGGGCUCCAAUUCAUGGUGUUUGACAGAGAAUGUAGAUUAAGUAAUAUUUGCAGAUUUGCUGUGUCUGCAUUGUAUAACAUAAAUAUUGGUUCAAUGUGGAAGAAUAGGCAUGCAUCUGUUCUGGUGCAAAUCAUAGUAGAUGCAUAUGUAAGUGACCAAUCUGGUUGUAUGUAUAGCAGUGACCAACCUGAAAUAAAUCUUAAUAAGGUGUUUUUUUUUUAUUGGUAUUCAAAAUUGUAAUUCCAUAUUACAAGAAGGUUGAGGUACUGGUCCGUAUAUAAAUUGAAACCGUUAAAAUAUAUUUUCUCUAAGUGUUCUCUGAGUGUGCCAAGUGCUGUGCAGGUAGGAACUGUCCUCACUGAUUUUUCACCCUCAACAAGCCGAUUCUAUAACUGUCCAUCACCUUAGAACAAUCUCCAAACAAUCUGCAGACAAGCCAAGACCUUUGGCAAGCACCGCAGCCUGUUUACUGUAAUUUUUUUCUUCUACAUAAUUUGUAGUCAUUCUCUAUUGAGUUAGCACUUUGGACGUAGUUUUUGUUUCUUAAGCCAUGAACUUUCACUGGUUUUUCGUGUAUUGUACUGGUGCAUAAUGUUGCUUUGUUUUACCCAACAUAAUUCAUUAUGUAUGCAUUUCUAGUUGCAUGUGCAUGUAAUUUAAAACUGGAAGUGAUUAGAUUGUUAACUGAUUAUUGGCUGGUUCAGUUAAAUUUCUUAUGCAUGUUUGUUCCAUUCCAGGCAUGACUGGUGGGUUCUAAAGUUGUUUAUUGGUUAGUUUAUCCUUUUUCUGCAUUAGGUGGCGCACAAUAUAUAUCAGCUAUCAAGAAGCCUUUUCCCCAUAUCUCAAUGGUUGUUUGUCAAGGCGUAACAUUAGAUUCUGUUGGGGAAUAUAUUGCUCAGGGAGCAUCAUCAGUUGUUUUAUAAGAUGCCAUAUUUGAUAAAGAAGCAGUGGGUCAAAAAAAAAGGUAUCAACUUGCACAUGCCGCAGCUUUCCAUGGCAAUGAAGCUGUAGUCCGGUGUUUGGAAUUUGGAUUCAAGCGGGUGUGUCCUAGGAGCUACUUUUUGUUGUAGACAAAGGGCUAUUUGUUAGGAGCCGGAAAAAGCUGGUUACUCUUGGAGGUGGGCUGUUUUGGCUAUUACGUUGUGUGUUAGAUUUGGAUGGACUACAGUGGUUAUUUAGGGAAACAAGGAAGAACUGAAGUUACUCUGGGCUGGGAUUAAAGCUUUUAGCUUCUUCUUGGACUUCUUUGCCGAAGAAUUUUAAUGGCCUUCCUUUCUUUUUGUGUAUUGAGUAUAUUAAGUGUUCUGUAAAGCCAAAUCGAGAUUUCCAUCAAUAUUAACAGUCUCAUAUCCAAAUUGGACUUAGUUGCAAGCCACAAUUAACUACAGGGAUACGACUGAAUUGAAUUGAAAUUAUGGGGACCAAAAUGGAGAAUGGCCCAAAGUACAUGUUGCAUAUGACCUC